AUGGAAAAAACAAAAUACGUCGACCGCGAGAUUCCAAAGAUCUCCCUCGCAAACUUCGAGCAACGCAUCAACGAAAUCACCGCACAACUCGUCAAUGCCGCUGAGAAUGUUGGUUUCUUCUCGAUUACCGAUCAUGGCAUCUCUGCCGACGAGGUUGAGUCCAUGUUCAAAGUCUCCGAAUCUUUCUUCGUCCUCCCCAACGACGUGAAAGCGACAGUCCCCUGGAACCCGAACAAUGUUGGCUGGGAGAACAUGUCGCAGGUCCGGCCCUCUACUGGUGCCCCGGAUGGAAAGGAAUCGUACCAAUUGCAGUUUGGGGAUAAUAUGAAGGGCUUGUGGAUGUCGGAUGAGCAUGUACCUGGGUUCAAGGACAAUUGCAUGGAGUUUAUGCACAGAGUGCAGAAGGUAUCGGAGAAGUUGAUGAUCUGCUUUGCCAGAGGGUUGGGCUUCGAAGACGACUUCUUCAACAAGGUGCAUGAUGUUUCGAGGCCGGAUUCACAGUCGUGCUGUCGAUUACUACAUUACUAUGCGACACCAGAGACGAACGACGGCAAGAUACAUCAUCGAGCCGGUGCACAUGCAGAUUGGGGCUUCCUGACUGUGCUAUUUCAAAGAGAAGGCCAGAGUGGACUGGAGAUCUGCCCAGGUCGGGAGGUCGUGACAGAAUUCGCUCUGGGAGAUACGUGGACCAAGGUGGAUUUGAAAGCUGGAGACAUAAUCUGUAAUAUCGGAGAUUUGCUCAUGUCGUGGUCGGACGAUCGCUUCAAGUCGACUUUCCACAGAGUGAAAGCUCCAUGUGAACCAGGAGACUACUAUGGCGAGCGUUACAGCAUUGCGUACUUCAGCCAACCUGUCAAGGACGCUAUCAUUCAAGGUCCGAAGAAGAAAUAUCCGGCGGUUACUGGUCGUCAAUUCACGGAGAAUGCGAUAAAGAAAUACUUUGCGGCGCUGAAGGCGAAGGUGGAAUCGGACACACCAAAGUCUGUUACACAUACUCAAGAUCCAGUCUCGGCAGCGGUUUCUGCGACAGCGUAG